UGUCUCCGACUCGUAAAUGCCGGCCUCAUCCGGCCUUAGCAAUAACAAGACCGAGUCCUAAAAGCCAAUGAACAACUUGAAUAUCACAUCCGUGGCAUGCCUCCUCAUUGGCAAUUGUAUCGCUUGGAAUCUUGGUCCUCGGAACACCGGCGCGUGCCAAGUUUGAGCCGAUAUUCCAAGACAAAGCAUACUCCCUUUAUUCAAUAGGGCGACAAACGGUCGUCUCUUGUACAUGAGAUUCUGACCAAACAAUUGGUUACUCGGCCCUGGUAAUAGAUAGUCUCCUUCUUGACCCAGUGAAUGAGGACGUAAGGCUCUUGGAAAAGACCCAGGGAGGAAGCUCACACGACACUACCCCAGGAAACUUGGCAACCUGCAGGAUCGCCAAUGUCAGCGCUGACAUCCGAUAUACGUCCAGAUUCGUUUCACUGCUGUAGUGUUUCACUGACUUGGAAGAGAGAUGCCAGUUUAGUUUGUGAGUACCGACAGUAUGGGGACCUUCUCCCCACACGCACAGACGAAGAUCAGGCAAUGGGUCAAUAUAACCUUGAGGCAGAGAGCACUUGGUUACAUGACCUAAAAAUGAUCAAACCUAUUUUAUUGUGCUCAGGUAUGUCUGGUGUCUCCCUCACGCACCUUGGACACUAAACCGUAAUCGUUCAAACGAGGUAUCCUGAUCAGCUGAGUGGACAAGAACUACAUUAAUCUGCUAGUGGUCCAUGAUAAAGGGGACUUGAUACGGCAGGUCCUAGAAUCUUGUCCAGUGAUAUGCUGAUGCCAAUUGGCAAAAGAGGUAGGUGAUAAUUCGUGGCUGGAAGUCCAGAUUUGCCAACGCUCUUGGAAGCCAUGGAACCGAAUGUUGGCGCCGUCACCAUCUGUGUACGAGAGCUGACAUCAAGAUAAAGGAUCAGUUAUCUGCCCGUGAUGGAAAGAUUUUCCAGGUUUUGAGAGUUGCAUUGAUGCAUCAUUUCAAAUCGGUUGCGCUCAACUUCAGUGACCUGACUUAGUUGAUUUCGAUUCUUAUGCAGUAACUUGAGACGUCCUGCAGCCAUGAACGCAUUACGGAAAGCCGUCAAUAUCUUCGCCCCUGCGGCUCAGAAAUCCGAAGAUGGCCGUGACAAGUGGUCUUCUCGUCCAGCAUUCGUGCUCGCUGCUAUGGGUGGUGCUAUCGGACUAGGAAAUAUCCUGCGAUAUCCUUCUAUCGUCUUCAACAACAACGGUCUUCAAUGGUUCAUUCCAUACUUCAUCGCUCUUUUCUUCCUCGGUAUUCCGGUCUUGUUGCUUGAGAUAUCUAUCGGUCAAGCAUACCGGGGCGGAUGCAUCGUCGCCUACGAUCAUAUCAGCAAGCGAGCGAAGGGUAUAGGAUUGGCUGUUAUCUUCAAUGGCUAUGUUGUCACCACAUAUUAUGUGCCGAUUCUGAGUUUCGUCAUGAAGUACUUCCGCAAUUCGUUCACGUCUCCAUUGCCGUGGACUGGCAGGACUAGCGAGUUUUACAUGGACGACGUCGUCGCAAAUGUUGAUCCUGUUCCUGGGACGUUCAACAGUGAUGGUACCGUGGCUACCUACACCGACUACCCAGGUACUGGUAUCAUACCUGAGACAGCGGGUUGGGCGGCCUUCAUAUUCUUUGUGGUGUGGCUUUGUAUGUUUAAAGGUGUUGGACUGACUGGGCGUGUUGUCUACUUCACUAUGGGCAUACCGAUUGUGACCAUCAUUAUUCUUAUUGGUCGAGCGGGAGCCCUCCCGAACGCGAUUGAUGGCAUUAAAUUGUAUAUGGGUGUCUGGCAUAGCGAGAAGCUUGGUGCACCAAAAAUUUGGCAAGAGGCACUGGGUCAGAUCUUCUUUUCCAUUGGUGUCGGAUUCGGAUAUUUCACAUCGUAUGCAUCGUACAACAGCGAAUAUUCCAACGCCGUACAAGACGCUCUCAUUAUCGGCUGCAGUAACAGCUUGUUCGAGAUUUUUGCUGCCUUUGCGGUGUUUGGUGUCAUUGGAUUCCUAGGACGACGUCCGGACCCCGAAAAUCCCUUGAGCAGCUUCCAAGUCGGCUUUCUGACCUAUCCCGAAGCGGUUGUCAAUAUGCCAGGCGCAAACUUCUGGUCCGUCUUGUUCUUCUUCACCCUGAUGCUGCUCGGAAUCAGCUCAAGUUUUGCUUUGCUUGAAUCCAUCGUCACUAUGAUAAUGGACAGUCCUAAGGGCAGAAAUAUGUCUCGGUCUAUUAUCUCCACCGUGAUUGUCAUCAUAACAUUCCUGAUAUCGUUGAUGUACUGUACCGAGUUCGGAUUCUAUCUUCUGGACGCUGUCGACACCUGGAUCAACUACUUGGCUCUCUUCUUCGUUGUGUGGUGCGAGGUUGUAUCGGUAACCAUGAUCUAUCGCUUCAAGGAUGUCGUGAACCAAGUCGGACUUCCUGCUUUUCUCAUCUUCAACGGAGGCUACCUAGCAGCUCAAAUUUUCGGUCUGGUCAUUGCCCACGCAACAAAUAUACCAGGAGCUGGAGCUGGCUUCGCCUUUGGAAUCUUUUUCUUGUGCUUCGCUAUCUCGGUCUUCAUCUCCCGUACCCCGGACAGCAUUGCGCCUCGAUUUUGGGGAGGUAAUGUCUUCCUCACGAAAAUGUGGUGGUUGUGGUUUUACUCUGGCAACCAACUCACUCGUGAUCUAAACGUCCAUGUAGCUCUUGGCAACAAUUGGGCUAUUCCAGUGUUCUGGGCCCCAGUCCUCCGGUUUAUCUCGGCGCCGAUCUUGGCCAUUGUGUUUUCUUUUGCAUAUCCCGCCUUUCAUCCCAACCGUGGUGACCCAACUCACAUCUUCGGGUUUGCAAUUGCACAUUUGGUCAUGUUUUUUGUCGUUGGGGGUUUAGUCGUCCCGAAGGCUCUCGAUGUUUUCGUUCCGGAAUCACAUAGAGAGAUCAGGGAUAUACCGACGGUACCCAAUGUCACCAUUGGUACAACAAACGGCCAAGAGUCGCUUGAGAAUGGCCAAUAUACCCCUGAUGGAACUCAAUCAGUAGAGAAGUAAAGCUGAAGCUUGCGAAGAUGACAAGGUCUUGCCUAUUUUGUGUGAAGAUAUUAACAGGUCAUAUGGUGGCCAAGAGGCGCCAUUCGUUGCAUAUAAGAAAUGCAGACCCCUUUGUUGAGCUUGAUUCUCCCUCCUACAGAGGCUCGCUUAGCAAAUGGAAAGAAAUGCAAGACAACGGGCAACACAUGUGGUAUCAAUGUUCUAAGAUAUCACCUUGAAUAAUAUUCUACUUUCCCUGA